GAUCUCAGGACACAGAAUCAUGUCUGCUGUGAGGAAGACGGCCAGACAACCGUCACCUGAUGAAGAACUACACGAGCUGGCUGAAACCAUCGCACACCAGCUCAAACAGGGUCUGAGCGUGAGCCGGUUGUUUAAUAAAGUUCUGGAUGUGAGUUCUGGUGACAUUCACAGCGCUGGAGUGAAGCCCAUCACCUUCAUCAGACAGGUGAUAGCUGGAUGUUUGUAUCCCAGUCUUCUGGACGGUGAUGAUUUUCCUCCUGACGUUCGGUCGAGAGCACAAACGCUGCUCAGUCAGUGUGAUGGAAACAACAUCGGUUCAUACACAGACUCGAGUGGACUCGCGUAUGUGAGAAGCAACGUGGCAAAGUGUAUUUCUCUGCGGGAUGGGGGCAUCCUGUCCAGUCCGGAGCACAUCUUCAUCACCUGUGGAUCUCAGAGAGGUUUAAUGACUGUGAUGAGAUUACUGUGUCAAUCAGAGGGCCGGAGUGCAGUCCUGAUCCCAGACCCCGCCCCUCACACCCUCAUCCGCAUCCUAGAGAGGGUGGGCUUAGUGCCGCUGCCCUAUAGACUGCAAGAACUGGGUGGGUGGAGUCUGGAGAGGGCGGAGCUAAAACGAGUCAUCCAGACCUCUAGAACGCACUGCUGUCCACGAGCAAUUUAUAUCAGUAACCCCGGCAACCCAACAGGACACAUUCAGAGCAGAGAAUCCGUUGAGACUGUGAUCCGCUUCGCCGCUGAAGAGAACCUGUUUCUACUGGUGGACGAGAUUUAUCAGAAUACAGUUUUGGUCAAAGAUAAAGAGUUUGUGUCGUAUAAAAGGGUUCUUGCGGAGAUGGGCGACCCAUAUCAUGACAGAGUACAACUGGCCUCAUUCCAUUCACUGUCCAACGGCGUUAUGGGAGAGUGUGGUUUGAGAGCGGGCUACAUGGAGUUGGUGAAUGUGGAUGAAGCGAUGCUGUUGUACACUGAAGUUGUUCUGACGGGUGAUAUAAACACACCUGUGAGCGGUCAGAUCGCUCUUGACGUCAUGGUCGAUCCGCCCCGUCCAGGAGACGCCUCCUGUGAUUUAUACAUACAGGAGGUGUCGUCCAGACUGAGCACUCUGAGGUUAAACAUGUCCAGAGCUGUGAACUUCAUGAAUGAUCUGUCCGGAUUCACCUGCUCGACUGUUCAGAGCGGAAUCUUCAUUUACCCUCACCUGAGUCUACCGCACACUGCACACACACAGAGUGCUGGGUUGUGUUACUGCAGGAGACUGCUGGAGGAUCAGGGUGUGUGUGUCGGCUUCAACGAAUGCAAGAAUGAAGAUCACUCAGACUCACACACCUGCUUUUACCUCAGGCUGUGUGUGAUGAUGUCAUCAGAUGGUCUGGAGGAUUUUCUGUGUCGCCUUCAAACUUUCCAUCUUCAGUUUCUCAAAGAAUACUGAAAAAACUGACCUGGAGUUUUUAUGACACCAGCAGCAGACAAAUGAAAUAUUCUGAAAUAUUUUGAUGAACCGCACAUGUGUCACAAACACACUACACACAUGUACACUGCAUAAGAAAUUCAUUGAAUAAAACACAAGAUGUUCAAUAUUGUGGCAUUCAGAAGGCAGAAGUGUGUAAUAAAACCUUUGUCUUCAACAAAUAAAUAUGAGCACAUUUACAAUGGUCUUCUGAUUUUGAGAAAGUAGAAAAUAUCCGCUUAUUUAAAAACUUAACGUGGCAGGUCUUUUAAAUAAAAACAUCAGCUAAAUGAAAUAAAAAUGAAAUAGAAACGAAAAACAGACAUUUUAGUGGUUUCCAUUUCAAACACUAUCAUGAUCCACCAUUAAAACCAGUACUAAAUGUAGUUUGUAAGAUUUAAUGGUGUUCUAUGGGUUUCCAUCCAUCAGGUAACAUUUCACCAGUAGAACUCAACACAUUACCAGCAGAGACCCACAGACACCAUUAUAGUUUCCAUUAAAACCAAUACAGUUCCCAUUAUUGUAUUGUAUUGUAUAACUUUAUUGUCCACCUAAGUGGAAAUUUGUCUUUGGCUCACCAACACAACAAAAUUAAUAAUGACAACAUACAUAAUAAAAUAAAGUCACAAUAACUAGUUAUAUACUCACAAAGCAUAAAAGAGAAAAAAAAAAUACAGUUCAGACCUUAAGCCCUGCAUGGUAAGAGAGUUGCUGAAUUAAUGAUUCUAAUUGCAUUGGGGAUAAAAGACCUUUUAUACACAUUUUUAUUUGCUAAAGGAACUCUAUAACGUCUACCUGACUACAAAAGCUCAAACUGACUGAAAAGAGGAUGACCUUUUGAAGUCAGGUAGACGUUAGGUCUUAUAUCCCCAAUCUUUCUUUGUUGCUGUGUGUUGUUGUUUUUCUGCAGGCUUUGUGAAUCUUGGUCGUUUCUCUGGUUUGCACUUCAUUAUUUGCCGCAUCUUUUUCUCCAGAAUCAGAAUGAGUCAGCUGUGUCUGUGAUGUAGACACGACAGAUCUGUUCUGAGAUCAGUCUGGCGCAUAUCACACUAUACAUACAUUUGGCACGAGAUUAGGCGCGUGUAAUCUGUCAGACGCGGCAUGAGGGAAGGGCAAAAAUGAUCCAACCGCAUCUGUGCCAGAUUAUCCACGUCAUCCCGGUUAGUAACGGGAGUACGGGUCGUCAGCGGCGGCGCGUGCUGGACGCUUCCGUUCAUCCGCGCUUUAACGUCGCUGUGGUUACGAGUCGUGCGCGUGUGCUGUCGGUCGAUCGGUUAACGCGGUAAGGAGGAGGCUCCGUCCCUCGCGCGUGUCGGUGAACGGCGCCGUUGACGGGGGUCCCGCGGUCCUGAUGGCGGCAGCGCCCGAGGAUGAGGAUGCGGACCGGCGGCCCAUCAGAAGAGCCCGAUCCAAGAGCGACACCCCGUACCUCACCGAAACAAGACUGACCUACACACUACAGACAGAAGAUGUGAUGUUUAUCUGUGCCAAACAUGGUGCUCAGAUGGAGUCAAUGGGUUUAAGGUGCUGAUGGGUUGCUAUUGACCGUUUCAUCGGACGCGCGCGCCUGGACUGCAGUUAACUUCCGGCGUGUUUGGCUAGUGUCUAAUAAUAUAACGGUUUGUAUUUAAUUUAUGUUAAUAUUAAUUCAUAUUAUUUUAUUGUAUAAUAAUGGUAUUAAAUGA